AGGCUGCCAUGAGUGACUCGUCCCUGCUGUUUAUGGCUGGAGCAAACACUGUGGAAGAGCAGAGGGCUCGCUGGGAGAGAAAGCGCAGCCGGACAGCCAAGGAGCUGCUGGAAACAGAACACAAAUACCUUGAGCAGCUGGAUUUGGUGGUCACAUUCUUUGUGACAAUUUUAAAGGCCAAAGGGACACUGAAACCUGCUGUGUUGGAAACCAUAUUUGGACCCCUGGAAUCCAUAUAUUCGGCGAGCCAUGUUCUGUCACUUCACCUGGAGAGAGGGAAUUUGGGACCAGGAUUGGAAAAUUUCUGUCAGAAUCUGGAGCUUUAUGGCCAUUACGCUGAGAAUUUGGAGCAGGCAAAUAAAACCUUGAAGGAGCAGUUGAGGAAAAAUAAGUCAUUCCGACGGUUUAAGAAACUCCAGGAGACUCGACCUCAGUUUCAAGGGAGGAAACUAGAGGAUCUGCUUCCUUUGCCCCUGCAGAGGUUGCACCAGUACAAGCAUUUCCUCAGAGACCUGCUGGAGAACACCAGCCCAGACAGUGCUGAGUACCAGAAACUUGCAAAGGCUGUGAAAUCCGUUUCUGAGGUAUCUCGGUGGGUCCAAGACAUCAUUCAUAAGAGAGAGAACUCAUUGCAGCUACUUCGGGUUCAGAAACUACUCAAAGGACAGAAGACCCAGGUGUUGACUCCAGGGCGUUGGUAUAUCCGGGAAGGCUGGCUUUUGGUGGUGCCUUCAAAGGGAGAAGAACUGAAGCGCAGGAUGUUCUUCCUUUUUUCUGACAUCUUUAUUGCAACAAAGCCCUGCCACCCACUGCACCCGCUGAGCUCAAACAAACUGGCAUGCCAGGCUGUCUACCCGCUUCACCAGUGCGUGGUGGAUAAAGUGUUCGGCCACACGCAGAGCCAGGGAGGGCUCCUCAGUCUUUCCUUUCCACAAAAGACACUGUUGUUGAUGUCCGGUGACCAACAAGAUAUUAAUGACUGGUAUCAGAGUCUCACGACUGCAGUCAGGUAG